AGCCGUUUCCAUGCAGAAAUGUGUGUACAUUUACAUUUAUGCAUUUGGCAGAUGCUUUUAUCCAAAGCGACUUACAGUGCACUUAUUACAGGGACAAUCCCCCCGGAGCAACCUGGAGUUAAGUGCCUUGCUCAAGGACACAAUGGUGGUGACUGUGGGGAUCGAACCAGCAACCUUCUGCUUAACAGUUUAGUGCUUUAGCCCACUACCACCACCACUCCAUAUCACUAAUUGUGUACCUUUCGCUUCCCAGAUGUCCCUAAAAUGUAAAAUGGGGAGAUUUUUGAGACAAUUCAUUGAAAUUAUCCAGCUUACUGUCAUUUUAAUUUCACAAAUAAAUGCAAUCAGAAGAUGUGGAAUUGCAAUCAAAAGGGAACAGUUGUCCUUCUGAUAGGACAAUAAUAUUGGUCCUGAUGUUGCACCAGUUGCUGGUUGCCACUGGUUGUGACCCGAAAGUGAAUUGUCAUGACCCUGUUCAAGCUGGCAACCUGCAUCAAGUAGUGGAGGAAUCUUUCGGUCUUACUAUAAGGACCAUCCAUCAAUGUGUAUAAGCUGUGUGCAAAGCUAUUAAAGAAAAACUGAUGUGGUGUAAUAUCAGGGUUUACAUAUAUGAUACAUUCCUGAUAUUCAAUAUUUUGAACAAUCAUUUAAUCUAAAGCAUUGCCAUCACAACUGCAUAAUGUCCCGCAUAUUUCUCCAGCAACUUUUAAUGACUAACUUGAUUGUCACCUAAAAUUAAUUUUAGCAACAUAAUACAAUUUACAUUUUCUGAAGAAGCUCAGCAAACGCGAUACGAGGCAAAGAGGGUUAGAUUUAAAAUAUUUUUAUAAAGUUUUCAAAUGUUCAAGAACUUGUUUUCUGAAAGUGAACUCAGCAUUGGACAAAUUGUUCUGAUAGUUUAUAGUCUUGAAAAAUGUGAAGAACUUUCUGAGAGUCAUUCAGCCUUUUUUCAUCUACAGAACUGGAUGUUCAUCAUGAGAGCAGGUGGAUGUGAUCUGCUGUAAUUCAGUAGGAACUGAUCUGUCCAUGCUGGAUAUUGAUGAUUUCAUCACAGAAAUCUCUCAGCUGAAGAAAGAGGUGACGUCACUGAAGACAAAACUGAUGGAGAGAGACGACAGGUUACAGGAGCUGGAAAAGGUUUCCUGUCAAUCUUCAGUGUGUGUGACUGAUGGGACCUCCACAGAAUGUCAGGAUUCAGUGUGGAGCGGCAGAGAUCAGUCCACACCACAGCGACUGCUGGACAAACUCUCUGAACAGAGAUUCAGAGACACACAGGACUCACAGCUCACUUUACUCUGUUCUACUGACGGUAAUCAGGGUGAUCAAACCUCCACAGAGUCUCUGACUUCUGUCUGUAACGCUGGAGAACAGCAGAUGCUGCAGAUACCAGUGAAGAUAUGUUCAGUCAAGCUGCUGGACUGCAGGAACCUGAUGAAGAUGAGAGGAGAAAUCAAAGUAGAGGAACAACAGUAUAAUGAUGAUGAUGAUGAAGAUAAUCAAACCUCCACAGAGUCUCUUGCUUCUGUCAGUAACGCUGGAGAACAGCAGAUGCUGCAGACACCAGUGAAGACUGAAGUGAAGCAGGAGGAGGUAAAAGAAGAAAACACAGUAAAGGAACAACAGAGUAAGGAAGAUGAUGAUGAUCAAACCUUCACAGAAACUCUGACUUCUGUCUGUAACGCUGGAGAACAGCAGAUGCUGAUGACACCAGUGAAGAUCGAAGUGAAGCAGGAGGAGAUAAAAGAAGUAAAUACAGCAAAGGAACAACAGGGAGAUGAAGAUUAUUAUAUUUUUUCAGAGCUGAUGGAAGCAAAAGAGAACCGUCAAGAACUGAAUAAAGUGGAGGACAAUCUUCAAUGUCAAAUACAUCAUGAUUUUAUAACUGGUGAAAAAUAUUUGAGCAGCUCAAAGACUAAGAAGGAUUUAUCACCAGAAAAGCAGAAAAGAAGAGCAGCCAAAAAUACUUUCACCUGCUCACAGUGUGGAAAGAUUUUCACAAAUAAAAUCUGGUUUAAUAAACACAUGAAAGUUCAUAUUAGAGAGAAACCUUACACGUGUGAAAAGUGUGGUAAAACAUUUGUUUUGAAUUCAAGCCUAAGAAAACAUCUGAAAACUCACACAGAUGAGAAGCCUUACAAGUUUUCUUUUUGUGGAAACCAUUUUGCACACCUGUCCUAUAGGAAAAAGCACCAUAGAAUAUAUACUGGUGUGGGGGCUCAUAUGUACUUUGAGUGUGGGAAGAUCUUUACUACAGCUGGCAGCAUGAAACAGCACCAAAGAAUAAAUACUGGAGAAAAACCAUACAAGUGCUCACACUGUGAAAAGAGUUUCACUCAGUCACAAGAGCUGAAAGCACAUGAGAGAAUUCAUACUGAAGAAAAACCUUACAAGUGCUCACACUGUGAAAAGAGUUUCACUCAGUCACAUAACCUGAAAAAACAUGAGAGAAUUCAUACUGGAGAAAAACCUUACAAGUGCUCACACUGUAAAAAGAGUUUCACUCAGUCACAUAACCUGAAAAAACACGAGAGAAUUCAUACUGGAGAAAAACCUUACAAGUGCUCACACUGUGAAAAGAGUUUCACUCAGUCAAAUCAACUGAAAACACACGAGAGAUUUCAUACAAGAGAAAAACCUUACAAGUGCUCACACUGUGAAAAGAGUUUCACUCAGUCACAAGACCUGAAAAUACAUGAGAGAAUUCAUACUGGAGAAAAACCUUACAAGUGCUCACACUGUGAAAAGAGUUUCACUCAGUCACAUCACCUGAAAAUACAUGAGAGAAUUCAUACUGGAGAAAAACCUUACAAGUGCUCACACUGUGAAAGGAGUUUCACUCAGUCACAAGACCUGAAAAUACAUGAGAGAAUUCAUACUGGAGAAAAACCUUACAAGUGCUCACACUGUGAAAAGAGUUUCACUCAGUCACAUCACCUGAAAAAACACAAGAGAAUCCAUACUGCUCUUCAUGUGGGAUAAUUCAGGGCAGCAAGUAAUCUACAUAGACAUGUAAAAAAGAAAAGCCCAAGUAGACAAAAUGUGCAAAAAUAAUCUUCAGGUCCAACAAUAUUAAGCAAGUAGUUGGAAAGAUGAACCCAAAGAUUGAAUUCUUUGACAUCAUGUUCACUGUUUCACUCCCUGUCGAAGUCAAUGAGCUCUAGUUUGGUGAGCGAGAAUGGUUUGGUGAUUUUUGUAGCAGUCAGGUUGGACGUUUAUCUGUUAACUGUUUGGCAAUGUUUUUUUACUUGCUAAAAUGCUUGGAUAUAGUUUCUGGUGGGGUUUUUGAAGUUUAUAUUGCUUUUCAUGCUUUUAUGAUUUGAACAUUACUCAUGUUUUUACUGCUUCUGAUGUAUCUACGUUUAGCAGGUAAAGUUCCUGUAACAUGUUUACUGACAUUCUUGACUUCUGAUAACUGAAUAACAUUGCUGUUGUAUUGAGGUUCCCUAAGUGUGUGUGUGUGUGUGUGUGCGCGCAACACCGUUUUCUGUUAAAAAGGACACUAAAUGUGAAGUUUCUACAUGGUAGUUCCCCAUGACAUUUAAAAACAUCUCAAGUUGUUUAUAAUGUACCAAUUUUAUUGCACAGCAAUGUACGUAUGAAUUUGUUUAGUGUGUUAACAUGAAACUAUUAUUUUGCACAUUUCUGAAUAUUAUUUUAUGUUUAGUAAAGUAAAUUUCAUCCUCAUCAUUGCUGAAUCCUCAUUUUUGGUUAGUUUUCAGUUUUAUUGUGUGCAUUGCGUAGAUGUACUAUUGUAGUAUGAUGGUUUACUUGCAUUAUUGUC